AUGGGCAACUUUCAUGACGAGAUACCUUCGUUUCUCAUUCCUUGGAUCCAGAAGCAAGAGGUGUUUUGGGUAGCCACCAGUCCUCUCAGCGCCGAUGGUCACGUCAACGUCUCCACGAAGGGUCUCAAAGGAACCUUUCAUAUCAUCGAUUCGAAGAGAGUCUGGUAUGAGGACUUGACUGGAAGUGGUGUUGAAACCAUUUCGCACUUGCGCGAGAAUGGUCGUAUCACCAUACUCUUCAAUGCUUUCGUUGGUCCGCCGAGGAUUGCCAGACUUUUCGGGAAAGGUUCUGUGUAUGAAUUCGGUACAACUGAAUACAACGAGCUACUCCCGCCCGACGUACGAAACCCUGGUUCGCGAGCGGUAAUCAUAGUUGACGUCGAGAAAGUGGGGACUUCGUGCGGAUACGGAGUCCCCUUCUUCGAAUUCAAAGGCCAUCGUGACACUUACUACAACGUUGCAUCCCGUUUUGAGCAAGCAGAUUUUGCUGCCCAGCAAACGGAUAAAAUGCCUGAGAAACCGGUCAACAUUGAUUCAUUGCCGCAGAAAGGCUUGCGGCAUUACUUUUUAUCUCAUAACGCAACUAGUAUUGAUGGUCUUACGGGAUUGACCACUGCACACGAGACGCCUCGCGCUUGUAACAUCGCUAUAACGAAACGGUCGGAAAUAGGACGCCUUUCGACUGGCCUCGUGACCAGAAUUGGGAUAGAUAGCUCAGGUGAGCUAUCGAAGAUGCUUCAGUUAGUAGACUUGCGAUUUUUAGCAGGUACUAUCAUGGGGCUUCUCCUUGCAACACUGUAUUCCAAGUAUUCAAAAGAAUUUCCGUCCGUUUCCGAGGACCUCGGAUGUCUAAUCCGUCCGUUCCCAAGUUCCAAGAGGUUCGAAGUCAGACCACCCCAUCUUGCUACCUUAUCACCACCAUCUAGCUUUCCAGCAAUGGGCCAAUUCUUCGAGGAGAUUCCCCCCUUCCUUAUCUCGUGGCUUGAGAAACAGCAAAUGUUCUGGACGGCUACAGCUCCUCUUAGCGGAAUGGGACACGUUAACCUUUCACCGAAAUGUACGAGAGGGAUGUUUCAUAUCGUCAACUCGCAGAAAGUCUGGUACGAGGAUAUGAGUGGAAGCGGUGUAGAGACAAUAUCUCAUUUAAAAGAGCCUGGAAAUGGACGAAUUACAAUUCUCUUCCAUGCUUUCGAGGGUCCUCCCAGAAUUUGCAGGCUUUUUGGAUCGGUGUAUGAAUAUGGAACGCCUCAAUAUGACGAGUACAUCUCUCCAGGAGCUCGUGUCCCUGGAUCGCGAGCUGUUAUCGUUGUAGAUGUCCACAAAGUUGGAACUUCUUGUGGAUAUGCUAUCCCGUUUUACGAAUUCAAAUCGCAUCGAAAUCAGCUAUUACAAUGGGCUCAGAAAAAGGAAUCUGAAGACGACGAGGCCCUCCGGGAGUGUAAUGAACCUUCUUCAAAAGGCCUUAUCUCGUACUGGAAAGAACAUAACGCUCGUAGUAUUGACGGCAUUCCAGGUCUAGAUCGCAAGACGUUCGAAGAAGCACUCAACCUUUUCAAUACAGGAAGUUUGUCCUAUAUCUCAGACGACGCUACUUCUACCCGAAAAGCUGGCCCGCUUGCUGAUGUUUUUAAAGACAAUGGCAUGUUGGACUCGAAAUUCUUGACGGGCCUUAUCCUUGGAGUCCUCGCGACUUCGGUGGUGGUGCGAUAUAUAUGA